AUGGGCACUCUGUCCACAACGUUGACAUCUGCAAACCGCUCGCCCCACACGUCUGCCAUCUGCCCGGAUUCGCUCGCCCCUGCCUCCGUUCAGCCCAAAUACUCCUUUGCCCCCAGCACCGCUAUCAACAAGAUGGCGCGGCCAUUCACGCCUGGCGGCGGUAACACGGUCAUUAAACCUGUGACGUACGCCCCAAAAGUUAACACCCCGGCCUCAGCGGCCCCCGCCAGCAUGCUACAGCAACACAACGGAGAUGAUCAAUCUUUCUAUGACCACCAGAUUUACCAACACGAGAAGCACGGUCUGCGGGUGGAUGGCAUCCCCAUGUUCAUCCCCAACGACCGCAGCAAGAAGAGGCUGAUCGAGGACCCUCAGGAUUGGCAGCCCCGCACAGGCACUACCCAGUCCCGCUCCUUCCGCAUGCUGGCCCAACUCACAGGCACCGACUACAUGCAGGACCCAGACGAUGAGACAAUGAAGAGGGCCAGGGAAAAGUUCCUUACAGAGAUUCAGAGCCCUCAUUAUGCCCGUCUGAGGGACUGGCACCACGAGAGGUCCGCACGCGCCCUCAACAUCAAGUCUUGA